GGUAAAUUGCUCCCAGGUGAAUCUUGACUUUCUCUAACGAAGGUGCUUCUCAUGAAGCAUCAACUAGCAGGUAUAUAGAAGAGAGAAGACGAAGAAGAGGAGUGAGGCUGCGUGGUGGAGGAGUUGGAAGGCAAAACCGAGGAAGAGGCAGAAGAGGCCGAGGACAUAUGCGCGUUCCUGAUGAGAUUAGAGCCACACUCAUAGACCACGUUCUCAAUCAUGGGCUUACAAUGGCCGAGGCUGGUCGAAGGGUGCAGCCAAAUGUUGGAAGAACAACUGUGUCCUCGAUUAUUCAGACUUUUCGUCGACAGAAUAGGUAUGUAAUCUAACAAUAGGCAUUGUACACUGUACUUUCCUUACUAAUUUUUUUUCCCACAUAGGACUGCAAGACAAAUUCACAGGGGUGGCAGAGGGCCCCUUUUCACACGUGAACAGAAGGAGGCCAUUUGCACCAUGGUAAUAGAAAACAAUGCAACAAGACUAAGGGAGAUGAAAAGUGCCAUUAUAGAGGACAACAACAUCUUUCAAAACAUCCAAACAGUCAGCAUCUCAACCAUUGAUAGGGUGCUGAAAAGACACCAAAUGAAUAUGAAGCAGCUCUACACUGUUCCGUUUGAAAGAAAUGGUAAAAGAGUGAAGGAGCUGCGUUACCAAUAUGUACAGCGUAUAAUGGAACUGGAAGCAAGUGAACCACAGCACAGCUUCAACCUAACAAAACGUAGAAGGCGUGGUCAAAAUAUCAUCGGCCACAGAGCUACAGUUGAUGUGCCAGGCCAACGGGGCGGAAACAUAACCAUGGGUUGUGCAAUCUCUGAGAAUGGUGUGCUAACGCAUAUUCCCAUUAUUGGGCCAUACAAUACAGAGCGUCUUGUCACCUUUUUAGACACUCUCUACAGGGAUCUCAUCCCAGAACAAGAGAGUGGUCAGAUUGGAGAUGACCUGCCAAAGUAUGUGAUCGUUUGGGACAAUGUCAGUUUCCAUCGUUCCAACAUCAUCAGGCAAUGGUUUGCUGCCCAUGACAGGAUGCUGAUGGAGUUCCUCCCACCCUACUCUCCAUUCCUUAACCCCAUUGAGGAAUUUUUCUCAGCUUGGAGAUGGAAAGUAUACGAUUGUCAGCCACAUACACAAAUGACCCUUCUGGCUGCCAUGGAUGCAGCAUGUGAUGACAUCACAGCAGAUGCCUGCAGAGGCUGGAUAAGACACUCAAAAAGAUUCUUUCCACGCUGCAUUGCAAGAGAAGAUGUUUGUUGUGAUGUGGAUGAGAAUUUGUGGCCCAACAGACAGGAUCGUCAAGAGGUGUAGGAAGAUUGUAAUUCCUUAAUGUAAUUUCUACAGCACCGCAUGUACAGUUUUUCCUAUGUUCACAUUUCUUCUUUAGGUUGUUUUUUUUGUGUGCUAUUCAGUGCUGUCUUUUCAUUUCUGUAUCUCAAUGACAUGUUCUGUCAAUAAAAUACAGUACAAACAGUAAGAGUGUAAAUUUGAAUCUUUUCCAUUCUCUUGCAAUUACAC